AUGCGCCAGUCACUCAUUGCUCUAUGGGUAUGGUCGUGGGCAUGUGCCGGUGUCGGUGCCAGUGACCACACAUUUCCCCUUGUGAAGCGUGACGUACCUGCCGUUGUUGGCAUGGAUCUAUAUCCCCAUCAAACAAUAUCUCGUCUACUGAAAGCAAGAGACACUACCACUAUACAAACCACGAUAGGAAACACUUUGGAAUGGUUUGCCAAUGUCUCGACUGGAACACCGCCGCAACCCUUGGCCAUAUUGGUCGACAUCGAGCACAACGAGUUUACCGUCGUUCUGGGAACUCCCUUGGAAGGCGACAACUGCCAGGAAGACUCAUAUUGCCGCCUGUAUGGGGCAUACAAUCUGAGCCAAUCGUCCAGCGCCAACUCUACAAUAGACGAAAGUAAACGGAAAUGGUCAUAUACCUUCGAUGUGACCACUGACAUUGUCACUAUGGGAGAGACACAAGUGAAGGAUGUCAAAUUAAACACUGAAUUUAUCGUAGGAAACGCUAACAUAAUGGGUCUAUCUCCGAACAAUGAGUCAUUUCCCUAUCAGCUAGUCGAUCGAGGCUUGAUUCGCUCCCCCUCGUUCAGCGUAUGGGGAAAUGCAUCCUCAGAUGGAGGAGCGGGUUUACUUUUUGGUGGAGUCAAUAAGGCGAAGUAUCAUGGGCCAUUACAGGCAUUUCCCUUUAACAAGACAUCCGAGGUCGUGACCCUCCCUCUGUCGGGAUUUCAAAUACAGUCAGACUCGAAGGAACCAACAACUUAUACGUUCCCGAGUUCCAAGCCAUUCAUACUGAGCACUCGAUACAUCACCACGACCCUUCCCGACAGUGUAAUCCAACAGAUAUAUAAGGACUAUAACAUCACCAUGGAGAAAAACGGCCCUGUAGUGGAUUGCACCCGGCUUACCGAAAACCACACUAUUUCUCUCAGUUCCGGAAACGCUACAUUCUCUGUGCCCUGGAGUGAGCUCAUCGGUUAUCGGGACCCUACUCGGAACCUCUGUCGAUUCUACAUAGAGUCGUCAGACGAAGACGCACCCUACGCAGGUACCAUCGGUAUCCCUUUUUCACAUCGCAUGUACAUUGCCCUCAACUACAACAGUGGUUUUGUCGGAGUGGCUCCCUUGAAUGAGAAUCCUGGCCCAGACGAAAUUCUGGAGAUUGGAGACGGCCCAGAUAUCCCGGAUGCAGAGGGAGAUUUCCCGACGUCUAUUUUACCGUACCCGCUGCUACCAACAGUAGCGGCGUCAACAUCGACGGGACUAGCAGCUAUGCCGACUUAUAUGCCAGGCGGUAUGUUAGCCGUUGCAGGAGCUGCGUUAAUGGCGGCGCUUUAA